AUGUUCAAUAACAGGCACUGGGUAUUCCAACAAGAUUCGGCGCCAACUCAUAGAGCGAAGAGCACACAAGACUGGCUGGCGGCGCGUGAAAUCGACUUCAUCCGGCACGAAGACUGGCCCUCCUCCAGUCCAGAUUUGAAUCCGUUAGAUUACAAGAUAUGGCAACACUUGGAGGAAAAGGCGUGCUCAAAGCCUCAUCCCAAUUUGGAGUCACUCAAGACAUCCUUGAUUAAGGCAGCCGCCGAUAUUGACAUGGACCUCGUUCGUGAUGCGAUAGACGACUGGCCGCGCAGAUUGAAGGCCUGUAUUAAAAAUCACGGAGUGUACGGUCGAUACCCGGAAGUGAACGCGCGCGAUUUCGCCGCAGUACAACUGGACGGUGCGUACCGCCGGGCGUGGGACGCUGCAGUCGCUGCACUAGCCGUGGUGCAGCGUUCCGCGAACGGAGUGCAAGGACAGACCGUUCUACAUUGGGAGGUCUUGUGGCCGAGACUCUUUGCGAACCGAGACUACGUAUACAUCAGACGGCACAAGGAGUUCGACGUCCACAACGAACCCCUCACACGAACCGACAAAGCCAAUGUCGACAGCCCUAAGUUAAACCCCAACGAAAUGACAAGCGUUCAGGCGAAAGCGAAACGGAAAGCUAUGGAGAACUACGAGAGGGAAAGAGAGUACAGUAGGAGGGAGUUCGUCGACAAUAAAGUGUAUAUAAUAGUGUCGAGGUCUUGCGAGCGUCCAGACGUCCCGGAGACGAAGCACGCUAUACGAGUGGUGGAGUAUUGGAGUCAUAUGGUGGUGAAGACUCUCGAGGGAGCUGAUAAGGUGGCGUAUUCGUUAAUUGGUAUCAACGGUGCGAUGAUGUAA